GGCAGGAGCUCUGCUCCUUCCAAGGCGCCCUCGCAGUGGUCGGCUGUGGGUCCCAGGAGAUGUUGCUAUUGCUGCUGCAGCCCUACUGCACUCCUCACAGCUGUUAAGGGCACCCGGGAUCCUGGGGCCAUGCAGCCCAGGUCUAUGCAUCCUGGAGCGGUGCUAACCGCGCUCCUCACCGCAGUCUUGGCUUGGCCGCGGGAAGAAGGGAGCCGUCUCCUGAGUGUUUCGGACUUGGACCUCAGAGGAGGACAGCCAAUCUGCAGGGGAGGGACUCAAAGGCCAUGUUAUAAAGUUGUUUACUUCCAUGAUGCUUCCAGAAGGGUCAGCUUUGAUGAAGCCAGCAUGGCCUGCCGCAGGGAUGGAGGCCAGCUAGUCAGUGUUGAGUCUGAAGAUGAACAGAGGUUGAUAGAAAAAUUCAUUGAAAACCUCUUGGCUUCUGAUGGAGACUUCUGGAUAGGGCUCCGAAGGCGUGAGGAGAACCAGGGCAACAACAGCACAGCCUGCCCGGAUCUGUACACAUGGACCGAUGGCAGCACGUCGACAUUUCGGAAUUGGUAUGUGGAUGAGCCUUCCUGUGGGAGUGAGGUCUGUGUUGUUAUGUACCACCAGCCAUCAGCCCCAGUGGGCAUUGGAGGCCCCUACAUGUCUCAGUGGAAUGAUGACAGAUGUAACAUGAAGAACAAUUUCAUCUGCAAAUAUUCUGAGGAGAAACCAAUACCAGCAGCUACUUCUGUGAUAUGGAGUCAUUUACCCGGAGGUGAUAAAAGAGAGCCAGUAACUCCAACACCUCCAGAAAGAUCCCUAAAAGAAGAUGCUAAUGGAACAGUUAAAGAAACCAAAGGGGCUGAUCUGAAUCUUGCCUACAUCCUUAUUCCCAGCAUUCCCCUCUUCCUUCUUCUGGUGGUCACCACAGUUAUAUGCUGGUUAUGGAUCUGUGGAAGGAGGAAACGAGAGCAGACAGAGAACACAAAGGAGCCAAACAUUUGGCCAGCUCCCCACAGAAGGAAUAGUCCUGACCUGGAAGUUUAUAAUGUCAUAAGAAAGCAAAGUGAAGCAGACUUAACUGAGCCUCGGCCAGACCUGAAGAACAUUUCAUUCCGGGCCAGAUCUGGAGGAGCCACUCCCAAUGACUUGUCUUGUGACUAUGAUAACAUAGUAGUGAAUGCCUCUGAGAGCGGCUUUGUGACUCUGGCAAGCAUGGAAAGUGGGUUUGUGGCCAAUGAUAUCUAUGAACUAUCCCCUGAGAGGAUGGGGAGGAACAAGGAGUCUGGCUGGGUAGAAAAUGAAAUCUAUGGUUAUUAGAUAACCUGGGAAAAUCUGAACUGAUAACAAAGUAGAAAAGAAAGAGAAAAAAAUGUUCCUACUUUGUAUAAAACUGUCAGGACUGGAAUAGGGCUGACAUCUGAACACUUGGAUGGAGCUGUGGUCUUAUCAAUAUGGAGACUCCCUCCAGCUCUGAAGAUCUCAACUCAGCUGUGUUUGCCUAUCCUGUGCAAGUGUUGUUCAUGUCCUCACUUAAAUCUGCCAUAGGGGGUCCACCCAACCUGGCAGGGACCUUUCUCUGGUUCUCUUGGUUUUGUAAGGGAUAGCAGCAAACUGUGCAUCAGUUACAUAGCUCUUACUAUGUGACCGGCCCAUUUUUUUCCCAGUCAUACUUUUUCUGAUAACAUCUUUUGCACUGCUUCUCCUGCACAAUUGCCUAGGGUCCUGUGUUGCAGCCUGCUCAUGCUCACACCAUGUACUUCUCCACUACCCUUUUUGGGUGAUUUGCAAUUUCCAUUUUUUGGAGACUAUAGUAUUCCAUAACUCACAGCUGUACAGUAUCAUCAGGAGAACGUUGAUGUUAAAAAGAUGGGCCUAUGUUUCAGGGAAAAGCUCAGGGUCAUUAAAAGAAUAGUGCAAUUUUCCAAAGGCAAUCCAACCCAGUCACCUACCCUCUUGGGCCCAGCUUAUUUUCCAGUUGCAGUUUUCUAAGAUACACCUACUUCGGGAUGACUUCUGUGGACCAUCCAUCCAACAAGUUAUCACAAUUCAGACAAAAGGCACUUUUUAAUCUGCUAGGUUUUUCCUGUAUGGGUAGUUAAGUCAAAGACUUAACAUUCCAGACCUUGACGAAAUCAGCAGAAUGUCACCCAUGAAUGGCACCUAUAUGGAGAACCUUCCCAUCUAAAAGGAAUCCCUUUUUUUAUUUAUAUUCUGCACUAAACAUCCUCCAUAUUGGUGGCAAAUACCAUUGGCAAACAUAAACCUCCUGGUUCAUGCUUUGCUUUAUAUAAAUUAGAGAGUCAUUGAAACAAAGUUAUUUCUGUUAUUACAAAUUUCAAGGAGUCUUGUAUGAAUUUCACAAAUGCAUGGUGCCUGGCAUGAGAAAAAUCAGUUCAGAUACAGAAACAAUGAAGAGAGUUCUUCCUGGUUGUUAAGAUUUUGUUAGCUCUGCUGAUCCCAGUGUUCCCUACCAGGCUAGGUCUCAACCUUAUCUUAAUCGGAGGGCAGCAAUGGUGGUGAUUGACAGUGGAGGUUGGGAAAUUUCCUUCUGGGUUCUAUUUUUGUGGCUCUGGGCCAUGGCACAAAAAUUAAUUGCACGUAUACAAUCACGAAAAUGCAUUAGCUUGCUAUCUUUCUUAUGUUUCCCAGGGCACAUGUGGGAGUAUCAGAAGCUGAUUGUAUGAAAGAAUAUUCCCUUAUCUGUAUGUCCCACAGAAUAAGAAUGAAAUAAAAGGUGAAAGAGAUA